AUGUCCAAAUACGAUCUUCCAGAAAACUUUAGCCAAUUGGUUGAUGAAACUUAUCAAAAUGCUUUAAAAUCAGGUGAAGUUGUCUUUCAAGAUUCUACAAAUGAAUAUCUUGAAGAAGAUGAUGUUCCAUUUGUAAUCACUCAUGCUCCUGGCUUAAGCAAGAAACCAACUCAAGAAAAAGCUCCAGAACAAGAUGCAAGACCUGAAGGUUUCAAUCCAUUUGCUAACCCUGAACCAACAAUGACUGUUAUAUCAGAUUAUGCUAAUGGUCAAUUUAAUAUCUUGUUGAAUAAAUAUCCAAUUGUUCAUAAUCAUUUAUUAUUAACUACAAAAGAGUUCAAAUCACAAAAUUCCCCAUUAUCACCACCAGAAUUAAUUGCAUCUCUUAAAAUUCUUGAAAGUUUAGAGAAAGCAUCAACUAAAAAUGAGAAAUUCUUUGGAUUCUAUAAUUGUGGUGAAAAUUCAGGUGCUUCACAACCUCAUAAACAUAUUCAAUUCUUAAAAUUUCCUGAAAAUUUCCAACCUUUCCCUAAUGGAUUAGUAUCAAAUGAAGAUCCAUUCAUUGCAACAAGUUUGAAAGAACCUUUACAAAGUAAAAAUGUUCCAUUUGCACAUUUUGUCCUACCAUUAGAAAAAGAUGCUGCAAAACUAUACGAUGAAGAUUAUUUAGCAAUGGCUUUCAGUUCAUUAUUACAAAGAACUUUAACAAUCUUGAGAGAUAGUGAAAAACCAACAGCUUAUAAUGUUGUAUUUACAAGAAAAUGGAUUUUGGUUGCACCAAGAUCAAAUGCAUAUUAUAAAGAUGUAUUAGGUUUAAAUUCUGCAGGUUUUGUUGGAUUGAUUUUAGCUAAAAAUGAAGAAUUAUUGGAGUUGAUUAAAAAAGAUGGUGCUUUAAAUGUUUUAAAAGCUGUUGGAUUUCCAAAUACAUCUGAUCAACCAACUGAUGAAUAUCAUUAUUAA